GUGAAAAACUCGUUGUAGACAAAAUUGUACAAAAAAUGGAAAACACGGCAGCAAUUUUACUAUCGCCCCCUGCAACGCCCCCGUUACAGGAUACCAGCCACCAGCAGCAGCAGGCUGUGGAAAAUUUAAAGACAAGUAACGCAGUCCGACAAGCGUUGAAACGCAAGCUGGAAAACGCCAACGCCAGCGAGUCACCGGCGAAGGCCAACGGUACCAACGCCGGUCGGCGGGUGAACUUCGUGACACCGAACCAGUCGGACGCGUCGGAAGAUGAGUCGGAUUUGCCACCGCGCAAGCGCCAGUACGUGCGCAAUCCGGACCAGCUCGAGUCGCAUGCCGCCCUCCAGAAACAGCUGCAACAGCAGCAGCAACAACAACAACAGCAGCAACCUUGCGCUCCCACACCGCCCCCCUCGGAAUGCUCCGGAUCGGAAGAUGAAAACACCAAGUCCGGUUCGGAUGAGGAGCGUAGCUACUUCCAAACAGCGGAACCGACGACGACGACGACAACGACAACAACGGCCCCCCUCCAGCGUGAAAGUGUGAUCAUGCGCAUCAACAAGGACGGCUCGUGCACGAAGGGUGGAAACAACACGGAAACGGUACCGGGUGAAGGUGGUCUGAACAUCUUCAGAAGCUACAAGUUCAAAAUGGGUCCACGUAUGUCACCUCCACCAGCGGCACAGGUCCCGGUGCCAUCCGCCUCUCCGGCACCGGCGAUCCCGAUGGAAACCGAACAGCCAAAGGACUUGAGCAAAACCUCCACCCUCACCACCACCACCACUCCCUCUCAGCCAGCCCCAACGACGACAGUAUUCUCCGCCGUCAGUGUGAGUGCCGGUGGCAAGCGUAAGAAGAAGGAAUCGAGCCCGUCGACGGCGGCCACACCGAUCCUCCCAAAAAGCGCACCAUCCGCCUCCGCGAGCACCCUUCCUGUGAUAGCACCGAAGAUCAGUGCCGCCGGUCCUCCUGCCCCGGCCGCUCCCUUCAUCCUUGCCACCCACAACGGGUACAUCCUCGUGCCGCCCCAAAUCUCACACAAUCUGCUCGUGGCGGCCGCACCAAGUGAAGCGCGCCCCAUGGUUGGCAAGUCUCAGAGCCAGGCGGAAAAGCAACCGCUGGGUGGGGCUGGUGCCAGCAGCGAAGCAACGACCGCCGCUAGUAGCAAACCGGAACGACGACGCAUUUACGAGUGUGAUCACCCGAACUGUGGCAAAAACUACUUCAAAUCGAGCCACCUGAAGGCGCACCAGCGCAUCCACACCGGCGAGCGGCCGUUCAACUGCAAGUGGCCGGACUGCGGGCGUCGCUUUUCCCGCUCGGACGAGCUGUCCCGCCACAAGCGCACGCACACCGGCGAGAAGAAGUUUGUGUGUCACGUCUGCGAGCGGCGGUUCAUGCGCAGUGACCACCUGUCCAAGCACGUCAAGCGUCACAACAAGGACGGAAGCAAGGCUUCCGGUGGCGGCUCCGGUCGUCGCUCGACGCUGGCGGCGACAUCGGCAGCGACCGCACCGCCGGCCCAGCCGACCGCGAUCCUUCCGGCGGAAGUUAGCAUGCGCACGCUGUACCACCAUCCGAUCGCGGCGGCGGCGGCUGUGUUCCACCAGCAUCAGGCCACCCACUCGUUCGCGGCCGUCCAGCAGGCGUCCGUUUACUAAGGGCGCUCUUCCGGUAGCGCACCUCCCGUGUCCUUGUGUCAUAUUCAUUUAUUUUCGGGGGAGCGAGAUCGCGGUCAAACCAUUCCAGUGUGUGUGACUCUCCCCAGGUGUUAGUAGUUGUAGUACGCAUUAACUAAGGCGAAUCCGAUGGUCGGUAGUAGCGAAAGGAAAACGGGAAAAGGGAGAUACUACGGAGGAGCUUCUAAGAGGAUCUCGAUUCGAAGCGAGGAAAGAAACUGCAUAUACCAACAAACUGUGUAUCUAUUUUAUCUCUCCCCCUCCCACACUAAUGCGGCUAGGUUUAAACACUCUGUGUGUGUGCGACACACUGCGCACACUGUCUGUGAUCGUUUUUUCUUACGAAACGGAAAACUUCUAAGAAAAGGGCACCCGUUUAGCUGUUUAGCUGUACUAUCUUUCUUAUCACAAUCUAGCUAUUUAGCGUCGUUGAGGGCGUGUGGCUCCGGGGAAGAAAGUAUACAAAAAAACUUCACUAGGAGUAGGUACUAUGAGGGCAGGAGAUGAGAUGGAGGGCCCACACACACACACAGCCCGUAAAGGGAAGGUUGAGGCGCAAGGAGAAACAGAAAAGAAGACUCACAUUCAACGGUUCUACUGUCGGUUGUAAGAUUUUAAUUUGUUCUUAUAAUUAUGUCAUUCGUUGUUUUAUUUUUUUUUUUUUUGUGUAUAUCUAUUAGGGACCCUGAGGGAUAGGACGGGGGAGGCAAAUUAGGAAGAGAGAUAGAGAAAGAGAGUUCAGUGAAAGUGGCAAAACACUCCCGCGUUCCUUCCGUUCUUCAGCUAAUGGUUUCAAUUAUUUAUUUUAGUUCUUAAUCGAUACCGAUUAAUUAAAAUGCCACAGAGUAAGACGAGCGGUCAGGUGUAUGUAAUGUAUCAAAUACUGCGCGAGUGAGAGUAGAAUUGGCGCGUCAGCACAGAGAUCAGUGAAGGAGAAGAGCUACAACAAAAAAACACAUGUGUUAAUAAUUAUAGGAAAGCCAAAACUCUAUUGGUCAAUGUUCGGUAAAUAAUGGUGACAAAAACAAAACAAAACAAAACCAGAACUAAAAGCAAAUGCAUCAAAAAUCACUUACAAAGCAAGUAAUAUACAUUCUUCUGAUCAAUCU